AUGAAGAACAAGCAAUGGAGUGUCUGGGAACCGACUCAAAUUCAAACGGAAAAAAAUCUAGGUAAAAAACAAGUACAACCUGCAAAUGGAAGUACACUGGUUUCAAAUGUUCAGAACGCGUUGUGGCUGAAACCUGUAAUAACUGGUCUUGCAAUUGGAGUUUUAGUUGGUGGUUUAGUAUUGGCUACAGUUACGGCAUCAUAUUUGGCCAAUUCAGUAUCUUACCUAAUCUAUUUAACUUUUCUUCAGCAACAACUACAGCAACUACCACAAGUACUUCUACAACUACGUCGACAAGUACUACCACAAGUACUUCUACAACUACAUCGACAAGUACUACCACAAGCACCUCGACAACAACUACGACAAGUACUUCGACUACGAGUACCACAACAAGUACUUCGACAACGAGUAGUAACGUCAACUUCAACAACAUCAACUACGAGUACCACUUCGACAACAACUACUUCCACAACGCUUUUAUGUUCAGCCUCUGCUACAUCAACACAUGCUCCCGGCGGCCAAGGAGGUGAAUCUGUCCUGUAUACAUUUGACAACACUCCCAACGAUUAUUACGGCAAUUACAAUGCUGUUGCAUUCAAUAGUCCACAAUAUAUCUCACCGGGAUACAAUGGCCGUGGAUAUGCGAUUCAACUCCUUUCAUAUAGUUCACAGUAUCUGACAGUUGCAAAUUAUAUGAAUUUCUAUCAGACUAGUCUCACUGUCGAAGCGUGGAUUUAUCCCCUGGCAGUUUAUACUGGCACUCCGUACAGUGAUAUGAUCAUCUACGCUCAAACAAAUUCUUCAGCAAGUAAUCAGUACAUGUGGAUGAUGUUGAGAAAUGGAAAAAACUACGGUGCAUUCUUUGCCAAUGAUGUGACUGGACCAACUAUGUUUCAAGUGAAUCAAUGGCAACACAUGGCAUUUACGUAUGAUUAUGCGGCGGGCACGCAAGUUGUUUAUGUUAACGGGGUUGUGGACGCCACACAUACAAAUUCAAGUCCUUGUUUGAUUACAGCUGGAAUACAAACAAUCGGUGCAUAUCCAUCUUUCACAUCUGGCUUUUUUAAUGGCUAUAUCGAUCAGCUCGAAAUCUUAUUCGGACAAGCAAAGACAGCAGCUGAAAUUUUAGACGAUGCAACCUUAGUUGGAUACUAUUCUAUGGAUUGUCUAAGUUAUUCCAGUUGGGAUAGUGGUCCUAAUCAAAUUCAGGGUGUGACAUUUGGAUUGAGCAGUGGCGAUGGUGGACGAGUUGGACAGUCCUAUUUAUUUAAUACAAGUUCAAGUUAUUUCCAAGUAACAGGACUCGUUUUAAUAGGACAAUCAUAUAAUCCAUUUUCAUUUGCAAUGUGGUUAAGACCAAUAAUAUCAGUUACAAAUGGUGGUACUAUUCUACACAUCUCUCAGUAUCCUGAUGGUACUGGUUGGUGUGUUCAAUUCAUAGGGUUAAACUCACUGGGACAGAUACUCGUGAGUGGAUACAGUGCAACUGGUAUCGUUCAAGUCACUGGACCUGUUCUUAUAGUUGACCAGUGGAUUCAUAUUGUAGAAACUUUCAGUCAAGUUAACGGAAUAUGUCUAUAUAUCAAUGGAGUACUCUACGGACAAAGUAGUGCAUUCGCCUAUCCAUCAAGUGGCGUACCAAUGUCAGCCACUCUUGGACAGCCUUUAAAUGGGUUCUACUGUGCUCAUGGUGGAAUUCAACCUGGUUUCUAUCAGGGAAGUAUCGAUGAAUUUCGUAUUUAUAGUAGAGAGUUAUCUCAAGCAGACGUAAUUACUUUGGCCAAUCCUUAA